AUGGAGACGGCAAUAGAUCUUCAGCUGCCAUGGGUGGUGAUUGGUGGCAAGAAUAUCACGUAUUAUCUUGUGAUUGGCGCAGGACUGCUGCUUGCCUGGAUCUUGAAGCAAAAAACCGCCUGUUUCACGGUGGAUGCACCAUUUUACAAGGCGUCGAGGAUAAAAUGGACCCUGGAUGCAGAAAACUUGAUCAUUGAUAGUUAUCGAAAGGUAAUGGCAUUCCAGGAUCGAGUAUAUCAGAUUAAGGCGACCGAAGGCAUCCAGGUUCUCAUUCCUGCGAAGCUCAUUGGCGAGCUGAGAGGACUGCCGGAAGAUGUCCUGAGCGCGACGGAGGCAGUGAGCGAGGCCCUGCAAACCAAAUACACCAAGUUCAGCGCCGGCCACAACGGUGACAUGCUCUCCAUGGUAAUCCGUAAAAAUCUUUCCCAGAACCUGGCUAGGCUUGUGCCUCAGCUCAAGGAUGAACUCGAGGCUAUUGUUGCUACUGAGUUUCCCGAGUGCAAAGAUUGGACCCCAUUCAAAUUUCAGCCCUUUGCGCUGCGCGCUGUUGCCCGGAUGAGCGGCCGUGCUUUCGUCGGCCCCUCCAUCAACCGCCAGGAACGGUGGAUGGACGUCUCGACCAAUUACGCUGUCCAUAUCUUUCUCGCCGUUGUCAAACUCCAGCUUUUCCCAGAGUGGCUGCGCCCAUUUGGCCAGUUUCUCGUCUCAGAGCUCCGCGCCCUCAAGCGCGACCUCAACAUGGCGCAGGAGCUUCUUGAGCCCGUUAUCCAGGAGAGACUACGAGAUAUGGAAAUGCCGGGAUACGAAAAGGCACCCGAUGACUUGAUACAAUGGAUUCUCGAAGCCCUCCCGGAUAAGGAGAAGGCGGAUAUCGCCGCGCAGACUCAACUUCAGCUCCUCUUGUCGGCAGCGUCUAUUCAUACGACGAACAACUUGCUGACCGAUUGCAUGUACGAUUUGGCGGCACAUCCCGAAGUUCAAGAAAUGUUGAGAGAGGAGGCUUAUCAAAUUCUCGAAGUGGAGAAAGGCUGGUCGAGGAAGGAUAGCAUGGCCAAGUUGAAGAAGAUGGAUAGCUUCAUGAAGGAGGUUCAGCGGGUGUCCGGCAAUAUCACUUCCUUCAUCCGCAAAGUUAUCAAGCCUAUCGAUCUCUCGGACGGGACCCACCUUCCUGCGGGCACGAAGCUCCUUGCCCCUCAAGCGGGUUUCUCGCGCGACGAGCGCUACUUCUCCGAUCCCGAGACGUUUGACGCACUUCGAUUCUAUAACCUGCGUCAGCAGUCGGAAGAAAACGCCAACCGGUGGCAGUUCACCUCCAUUUCCGAUGUCAACUUAGACUUCGGCGCCGGAAAGCACGCGUGCCCUGGACGUUUCUUCGCGGGCAACGAGGUCAAGAUGGCGCUCGCCUACUUUUACUCAACUACGACGUGA